AUGAUUGGCAAUGGCCCGAGUAGUUCUGACGUCGCCGAGCGGCGCAGGGCGUCCUACGGGAGUCCGCUCCUCGCCGAUCAAACCGCGGGCCGCGGCGUUGCUUGUGCCGACAUGUGGCUGCGUGAGCGGCGGUUGGGCGGUUUCUCAAUGGGCCUCCAGCUCGCCGGAAGGGGUCACGGCGCACGUGGGAGAUCUGGUGGCCACGUGGGAGAUCUGGUGGCCACGUGGGAGAUCUGGUGGCCACGUGGGAGAUCUGGUGGCCACGUGGGGGGCCACGUGGGGGGCCACGUGGGGGGCCACCGGCGGAGGCGCCGAUGGGUUGCUGUGGGUCUGGGUUUCUAUGGAAACGGGGAGGCGAGCGAUGGCGCCCAACGCUUCUGCCACGCGCUCAGCAGCGCCAAUGGCACCCUGCACACAGCAGCCAGCCUGGUGCUGAGCACGCACGACAGCGUGGGGGGGGCCGUCACGCAGGAGAUGGAGCGUCUGGGCGAGGUGUUUGGAGGCCGCAGGGACCUGCUGUCGCGCCUGGAGGCGGCGAGGGGCCACGCGCUCACCCUCACAGCGGCCCUGCCCACCCUGCCCACGGGGGGGGUCUUCUCCCACGCGGGGGGCCCCGGGGCCCCCUUCCUCCCCCCCCUUGGUGGGGGGGACCCCGCCAUGGGGGCCCCGCUGCCCUCGCUGCAGCAGCUGUCCGAGGCCACCGCGGAGUUUGAGGGCUACAGGUGGCCGGGCACGCUGCUGCUGCUACUCGCCCAGCUGUUCUCCUGCCUGCUCGUGCUGCUGGGCAUCGCCACGCGCGCUCCCUGCUUGCUCAUCUCGCUCACGGUGUUCGCCUCGCUCUCCCUGCUGCUGUGCUGGGCCUCGCUGGCGUUCGAGCUCGCGCUCGGCGUGGGUGUUGCGGACUUCUGUGUGGCUCCUGACCAGUUCAUCGUGAACGUGAGUCGCCAGGACCGCGCCAGCAAAGAGCUCCUGGACUAUUACCUCUACUGUCCUCCGGGAGUUGGGAACCCCUUGCAGCAGGAUCUCACCGCGAGUCAGAAGGCUCUGUCAGCCGCACAGGGAGAAGUCCAGGGGCUCCUCGCCGCAUCUGCCCGAGACUUCCCUUCUGCCCGGAGACAAGUGUUGAACCUGCAAGGGGAGCUCAACGGCACAGAGACUCAGCUGCAUCUCCUCACAGCCCUCCUCGACUGCCGAGGCCUACACAAGGACUACGUGGAAGGGCUGCACGGGUUGUGCCGGGACGGGCUCUGGGGGCUCCUGCUGCUGGCGCUCGGCUCCGUGCUGGCGGCGCUGGCGUUCAACGCCGUCGUGUGCGCUGCCCCGCGAUCCUGGCACCGCGCGGGCAGCAGUCUCCCCUCUAAGCUGUCGUGGGGGGAUGAGUUCAGCCCGGAUGCGUCUCCAUCCCCGCCCGUGCCCUCUGCCCCCUGCGACUCGGAGUACGCGACCCCCAGCGCAGGGCCGCGGGACUGCGACGACUACGACGACGACGGCGACGACGAGGUGUGCGCGGGUGCCAGGGGGGACCCCUUCAACCCGCGGGGGUCUCGGAGGCGGGGCCCCGGACCAGGGGGGGGGCCUGCCCCCCUGCGCACAACCUUCCCCGGCCUCUACAGCUUCCCCGGGGGCAGCCUGGGCAGCCUGGGCAGCGCACGGCCCCCUUCGCAGUCCGUCACCAACGCACCCAUCUCCGAGUACAUGAACCAGAGCGCCGCGUUUGGGAACCCGCGCUACGAGAACGUCCCACUCAUCGGACGCCACUCACCCCCACCCUCGUAUUCCCCCCCUGGGGGCCCGGACAGCUCCACACCCGUGACCACCCGGGGCUCCAUGCGACACCAGGUGCCACGCACGGUGCUCACCUAGGGGCCAACCAGCGUGGAGACACCCAGAGCCUCUUCCGCCCGGAGCUGCCGCCACCUGAAGCAUCUCCAGCCCCUAUGCCCUUACGCUACCCCCCCCCCCGUCCCCCACUUCCAGUAAAAUCACUUUCAUGUCCAUCAUCCCAGCUGCCUUCUGAGCCAGUCUUCCCAGCGGCAUUUGUUUCAGCAGCAAAACCCCCAGAACCGGCUUCACGUCGGAGCCUCGCCCUGUGCACCGCGGGGGCCGCGUUACGCACAAAACGCCGAAGAGCAAAGCGGCGGCGUAUGCUAUCGUGGAUGCCUCGUCGUUCCAUAGUAACGUGGACAUGUGCGAGCGAUGGAACGUGUGAGCCGGGUCUUUUUUUUUUAUGUCAGUAUGCCCAUAUAUAUGCCUACCAGUGCUGUGUAGUAAUAUUAUUAUUCUUGUUGUUUUGAGAGCGAUGCAUUUACCCAGGAGAGCCUCGUCCAGAGUCUCAAGGCCCGUUUUUCUGGAGGGUGCUACCACGACACGAGCGUGCGAUUUUUAGCGUUGCGUUUCGGAGGAAACCGGAGAUGGGUCUUUACAAAGCCGCUCGCUGUGCUGGCAAUUCAAUCUUCCCCCUUUGCGAGCGCACUGCACUAACCAGGCGCCGCAGCUGCGUACUCUCUGGGAGCAGGCGCGUUCACGGCAAGGUCGGUGCGGGUGGACAGCAGAUUCACCCGCGCAGCCGAGGAACUCUGCGCGCUCCCACCUGCAGUGUGCCUGCAACUACGCCGAGCCGUGUGUUUACUAACCAAUCCAUUAACUUGUAGUAGGGACCAGGUGAUAAGGGAGCCCUGUGUGUGUGUACUAUAUUGUAUGUAUGUAUAUGUAUCUAUUUGCAGGGUGGAUGGGAAGUCACUAUACCUCUGGAUAAAGCGCCUCUUGUUUCUGGUGCAGGUCAGGGUUUCGGGGGACUUCCCGCCCACCAUGUGAAGUGCACAAACCGAGGGGUGGCUGGACCAGGGAUGGGAUAGAUGCACUAGACCAGCUCCCCUAACUCGAAUCCGUAAUCCCAAACCCCCUACCACGAACUGUGGCUCCCAAGCACAUAAUGCAGCCUUAACACCGAGUUGGCUGCCUAUCCAGGCAAAGAACUGGACAGCGCGGGAAUUGGCAUUCACCUUCUGGUGGCAGGAGUUGAUUUGUAUGACUCUGAACUUACCGCAGGUUACCACUGCACAGUUUUGAGCAACGUGUCCCGCGUUUGAUUUGGGGGGGGGGGGGGGGGGUAAAGAUCGAAUUGAGGGUCACAACUGAAGUUGGAAAAGUGUAAUUUCCCCACAACUCUUGCUUCCUGCGAUUGCAUCCAUUGCUCCGUAUCACAGGCUGGAGUAUCUGGUGGAAGUUGUGCAGAAUUUCUUUCAACCACGACCGCCACCCCACCCCCCCAUUGUACACCUCUCUCCUUGCUGCACAACAAAACUGUGCCGCGUUUGGCCAGAUUUUUAGGGUCACGUGGGUUAUCACAGCAAUGGCAAGAUAUUAAAAGGACGCGUUUAAAAAAAAUGUCGCCGCAUGACCAUGUUUAACAAAACAAAGCGUUUACUGUCUCUAUAAAGGUUAAUGGUUCAGUU